GCCUGGGCAUGAGCUUCAGCUUCCAGGGCUGUGUCACCGCGCUGGGCUUGUACUUCGUCCGCCGGCGGCCACUGGCCAACGCGCUGGCCUCCAUAGGCAUCUCCAUAGGCGUCACCCUGUGGCCACUGCUAGCCCGCUACCUCUUGGAGGAGCUGGGAUGGAGGGGUGCCUUCCUGGUCUUCGGCGGGGCCUUCCUCCACUGCUGCAUCUGCGGCGCCAUCAUGAGGCCUGUGGCCACCAGUGAAGCCCCUGAGACCAGAGACCAUCUCCCCCCCCUCCCCAAGACGCCAUCCCAUGGUUGCCUGGCAACCUGCGGCUCCACCCUCCUGUACCACCUGGCCUGUGACAUCCUGCGGCACAAUCUGGGCUACUGCGUGUACACCGUGGGUGUGACGGUGAUGGUCGUGGGUUACUCGCUGCCACACAUCUUCCUGGUGCCGUACGCCAUGCGGUAUGGCAUGGAGGAGUAUUGGGCGGCGCUGCUCAUGUCCAUUGUGGGCUUCUGCAACAUCUUCCUGCGGCCCAUCGCUGGGCUGUUGGUAGGUCGGAAGUGCCUUGCUGACUACCGGAAGUACUUAUUCAGCCUGGCGAUCCUGCUCAAUGGGCUCACCAACCUGAUAUGUCCAGUGUCUGCUGAAUUCAGGGUGCUCGUGGGCUACUGCCUGGUGUACAGCGUGUCUAUGUGCGGGAUAGGAAUCCUUCUCUUUCAAGUCCUCAUGGACAUCGUCCCGAUGGACCGGUUCCCCAGUGCCCUGGGCCUCGUCAGUGUCCUCUGCAGCCUCACUUCCCUCCUCUCUCCUCCGCUGGCUGGUGAGAUCCUGGGGGAGAGGGCAGACAGGUGGGCCAGG